GAUCACUUGCACUCGCGAUGCGUGUGGCUCAGUGCUUUUUUAAAUAAGAGAUAAGAGCUCCAAAGCCGGUGAGCAUCUCCCCUCCACUGUCUUUCAACCUACCCCCGCACUUUCGGAGAGUUCUAGAGAGAGAAAAUGGAAGCGGCGGCAAAGCCAGUAAUCAAAGUCGCAGCCCUCUGCGGUUCUCUCCGCAAGGGCUCCUACAACCGAAGCCUCCUCCGCUCCGCAAUUCAGAUAGGCAACGAGUCGGUCAACGGUAUGCACAUCGAGUACAUCGACAUAGCUCCCCUGCCGAUGCUCAACACCGACCUCGAGGCCGGAGGAACCUAUCCGCUGGUCGUGGAGGCUUUCCGGCAAAAGAUCCUCGAAGCCGACAGCGUCCUCUUUGCUUCCCCUGAGUACAAUUACUCCGUCACUGGACCUCUAAAAAAUGCGAUCGACUGGGCAUCUAGACCACCAAAUGUGUGGGCUGACAAAGCCGCUGCUAUUGUAAGUGCUGGAGGCGGUUUCGGUGGCGGACGAUCUCAAUAUCAUCUCCGCCAAAUCGGAGUUUACCUCGAUCUUCAUUUCAUUAACAAGCCCGAGUUUUUCCUCAACGUCUUCCAACCUCCUGCGAAGUUUGAUAGUGAUGGGGCAUUGACUGAUGUGGCAACCCAAGAGAAGUUGAAAGAAGUUCUCUUAGCCUUGCAAGCCUUCACAUUGCGACUACAAGAGUGCAGUGAUACAUGAACUCUUCUACAGAACGUAUCCAUGUCCAUCGGACGUGGAAAUGUAAGGCCACGUGAUAUGUGCCCGAUGCACAGGCCCAAAUUAGAUGUAUGGUGGUUUUUGAGAUGGUGAUGUUGUUUAACUGUUCCCGACAUAUCCAUGUAUCUGUACCCAACUUUUAGAUACAUAGCUGGUUCUUCUGAGAGCAAGGGAUUAGAGAGGUUUUACCCCGUAUUCGUUUCGUGUCCAUGUAAAAACAGAAAAAAUGAGAAGGUAAGUGUGGUUUGGUGGGAACAUGGUUUCGUGUCCAUGUAAAAACAGAAAAAUGAGAAGGUAAGUGUGGUUUGGUGGGAACACGGUCCAUACUCCAUACACUAGCUCAAAAGCCAUUUGAUAGAGCAGAACAUGCCAUCCUGACCUGGUUAUAUUGUCUAUGGACACAAGUUGAGUAUUAUUGGCUGGUGGGCUCUUGUCAAAAUUAUUAUGGACACCUGAUUAUAUUGUCUC